GUGGCACGGCGGCACGGCACCCAUGCUGGCUGCGUUUGAUUUUGACCUUUGAGAGUGGCGCCAUAACCGGUAAUGUAAAUACGUAAAAUGUGUGAAACUCCAAGAAAAGGCUCCGCUGGACACGUGACAGACCACAUCCAGCACCCGGAUGUCACGCUGGUUGGAAAGUUCACAGAUCCAACGAAGUAUUAUGUGCUCACAGUUGUCCUUCCUUUGCUGCUGAUAUUGUUCUGCCACUUUGCGAUUUACUGGUACAAAGGUGAUUAUUCCUUUCAUCUCGACCCAGUCCUGAGCAAGCUUCACUCCGCUUGGAGUUGCGUUACAGGGAAUGUUCUCUACGCAGUUCUCCUUGCAGUAGCAGUGACUACUUACAGUUGUAUCAUCGUCUACCUGAACAGCGAAGUCCCAGGCAUAGACCCGCCUACGCCCAUAAGGCUCAACGAAAAAAGGACUUGCACGGAGUCAAGGAUGGGGUUUUCCUACAUCAUGUCUAUCGCUAUUGGGUUUAUGACAUUUGUUUUUGCUUUGUUUCCAAAUACCAUUGUUGGUGACCACUGAUUACCUUUCAAAGUCAGAUACCCGGAUAGUUAUUUAUCUUAAAGCACCUCAGGGGGUAUCGUCACCACCGUGAAAAAGUGCCAUAGGUGUUGUUCACAUUGUUUUCCCAUGGAUCUCACUUUUAUGUAAUAUAACCUCCUCCUCUGAUGCAUAUAGUAUAUAUAAAAAACCAGACCAGGGUAAUACUGAUGACUCCGUGGCACUAAACAUACUUAGUAAUGCACAUACGAAACCUACAGCAUAUCUGACGCACACACUUGAAGUUGGAUGUUGGGUGAAAGUAUGGGAUAGACAGGUUCGAAUAAUUAUUUUAAAAACUGAGCGAAUAUCAAGGAAAUCAAUAUGUGGACGCAUAGCAUAGAGAAAACAAAUGCAAAACGUAUGGUUGUACUGUGACCAAGCCGCAUAAACGUGUAGCACACGUAUGGAUAUAAACGUGUGUACAGUAUGUACAUACGCGAUAUGUAUUCAUACAAAUCAGAGCGUGAAGUCUCUUCCACCAUACAUCAAGCCUUAGUGGCUUUUUGCUCUUCCUUCUUCAGGAAAUAAAUUGAAAGUAGCUCUCACUUUGUCGAAUGCUCGCCCGUGUACUGUUUUUGGCCAUACGUACGCAGUUUCGGAACUACUCGAAUGUAUAUUAGGUUUGAAGGAAACAUAUGUUUCAUUCGAAAUUCGGAAUGUAGAGUUUCGCGUUCGACUCAGAUAUCAAAAUCAAAUGUAGAAUUAUUUGCUUUGGCAUUUAAAAAAUUCGAAAUGUUUGCACGUCCCUAGUAUUGAGUAAAACAGGGUGAAAGUAAAUGAGGAGGGCUUGUAAGAAAAGAGGAGAGAGGGGGGACACUAUAAAUAAGGAAAGAAACAUAGUGAUGGACAAUGAAAAAACGGCUAGGAAGCAAGCGAGCUGGUGAAGAUGAUGCAUAAUGUAAAACCCUGAGACUAGGGAACACGUGUUUGUGUCUGUCCUUUCGUGUUCCCUAGUCUCGGGGUUUUACAUUAUGCAUAGUGAUGGAAGUCACUGAAAACGUUAGCCAGCGGUAGGACUCGAACCCACAUGUUCUGGAUUACCGGUCCAGGGCUCUACCAAUACGCUGUGCAAGUGCGUCUCUGCGCAUGAGAGGAGGCAGUGAGAGGGAAGAGGGAGGGCACCGCCGUAGCCAAUGGGGCUUCCCAAAUGGAGGAACCGGGAGAGGAGAUAUGCGCAGGACGCUCGGUUACUUGCAGAGCGUAUUGAACUGAGCUAACACACCUCCCCAGCGACUUCCAAGGGUGCGUCAUCUGAAGAGAAACAAUUGAGAGAACAUAAAUUGUCUCAUGUUAUACAUAGUGAUUUUGGGACACACUACCAUGUACGGGCAUGCAGCCUAUAAUUUAAUAUGCAAAGAUGCCAUCCGUCCCUCAAAGCUCCUACGAACUUUUGUAGUUGGAGAGAGAAACGAUUCUGUGGUAUUGCAAAGGGUUAGGAGACGCAGGUCAUCAACUAGUCAGCGUCUGAACCUUCUGCUGUAUGAAAUUAUGUACCUGUCAAAUUGAGGUUGUGAUCAUGUUCCAUCAGUUGUUGUUUUGCACACAACGCAUAUGAAAUAAAAUUUCUCAUCAUUGUCUA